AUGGGAGUUACCGAAACUGAUAAAUCUGUCAUCAUUAACCAUGAAUCGGGAUCAAGCGCUGAGAUCUAUCUCUACGGCGCUACGAUAGUCUCAUGGAAAUCAGGUGGUAAAGAACGACUAUUCGUUAGUGGUAAAGCCGCUUUGGACGGCAGCAAAGCUAUUCGAGGUGGUAUACCAAUCUGUUUCCCAAUUUUCGGUCCACCACCAUCCUCUCCUCCUGAAUAUGCCUCAUUAGCCCAACAUGGAUUCGCCCGUAACCAAAUCUGGAAAUUUGAAAAGACCGUUAUGGAUCGAUCCGAGGGAGUUUCUCUUCGAUUUACCGCACCUUUACCUCCAACUGAAUUUCAACACAAAUACAAACUUGCCUACGUAGUUACAUUAUCUGAACAUCAACUUUCGACCGAUCUCCAUAUCGUCAACGAAGAGGAGUCCAAGGAAUUUACAUUCCAAGCUCUCUUACAUACUUAUUUGGCAAUUCCCGAUUCAUCCAAGAUCAAAAUUUCGAAUGUUCCACAAGGGACCACCUAUGUUGAUAAGAUUCUGGGAGGGAAGAAAGUUGAGAGUGAUGGAGAGGAUAUAGUUAUUGAUAAACCAAUUGAUAGGGUUUAUCACAAAGUAGCGAGUCAAGAAGUUCACGUGGAUGAUGGAUUCGGAGGUGGAUACAAAGUCAGAUUCAGAGGAUUCGAAGACUGCACUAUCUGGAACCCUACCGAAGAGACCGGCAAGAAGAUAGUCGACAUGGAAGAUAAAGGAUGGGAAAAAUACAUUUGUAUCGAACCUGGAUAUGCUCGUGAAUUCAAGUCUCUCGCUCCCGGAGAAGAAUUCAUAGGUCAACAAGUCAUUACUGCGCUCUGA